GCCCUUCCUCAACAUGGCGGCGCGGGGGCGCCGCUUCCCCGGCCUCGGCCAAUUAACGUCGGGGCGUGGCGGAAACCGCGGCACAACCAGCCAAUGGGAGCGCGGCGGGGGCGGGGCCGCGGUCACAGCGGCGGCACCGGGUGAAAUUUCUGGAAGGUGCGGCCGGAACGGGGCCGGCACCGGGAUCGGGAUCCGGGGAAGGUGACGGCGGGCGGUGACGGCCCCCAGCACCGCCGCCGCCGCCGUCAUGAACCACAAGAGCAAGAAGCGGAUCCGCGAGGCGAAGCGCAGCGCCCGCCCGGAGCUGAAGGACUCGCUGGACUGGACCCGCCACAACUACUGCGAGACCUUCCCCCUGAGCCCCGCCGCCUGCAAGGAUAACGUGGAGAGGGCAGAUGCGCUCCAGCUGACGGUGGAGGAGUUCGUUGAGCGCUAUGAAAAGCCUUACAAGCCCGUGGUGUUGCUGAACGCCCAGGUGGGCUGGUCUGCCCAGGAGAAGUGGACGCUGGAGCGGCUGAAACGCAAAUACAGGAACCAGAAGUUCAAGUGUGGGGAGGACAAUGACGGUUACUCUGUGAAGAUGAAGAUGAAGUACUACAUAGAGUACAUGGAAACCACACGUGAUGACAGCCCCCUGUACAUCUUUGACAGCAGUUAUGGGGAGCACCCCAAGCGCAGGAAACUCCUAGAGGAUUAUAAAGUGCCCAAAUUCUUCACGGAUGAUCUCUUUCAGUAUGCAGGGGAGAAACGGCGGCCACCCUACAGAUGGUUUGUGAUGGGCCCACCUCGAUCUGGAACAGGAAUUCACAUCGAUCCCUUGGGAACUAGUGCGUGGAAUGCCUUAGUCCAGGGACAUAAGCGGUGGUGCCUGUUCCCAACCAGCACUCCCAGAGAGCUCAUCAAAGUGACUCGAGAAGAGGGAGGGAACCAGCAGGACGAGGCAAUCACUUGGUUCAACGUCAUCUACCCUCGGACACAGCUUCCCACCUGGCCCCCCGAAUUCAAACCCCUGGAAGUCCUACAGAAACCAGGCGAGACAGUCUUUGUGCCAGGUGGCUGGUGGCAUGUUGUUCUCAACCUUGACACGACUAUUGCCAUCACACAAAACUUUGCCAGCUGUACCAACUUCCCCGUGGUGUGGCACAAGACGGUGAGAGGGAGACCCAAACUGUCACGGAAAUGGUACAGGAUCCUAAAGCAGGAACAUCCUGACUUGGCAGCCUUGGCUGAUUCAGUUGACCUGCAGGAAUCUACUGGUAUUGCUUCCGACAGUUCGAGUGAUUCUUCCAGUUCCUCAAGUUCCAGCUCCUCAGACUCUGAUUCAGAGUGUGACUCUGGCUCCGAGACAGAGGGGAUGAUGCACCGGAGGAAAAAGCGGAGGACGUGCAGCAUGAUGGGGAACGGGGACACAACCUCCCAGGACGACUGUGUGAGCAAAGAGCGCAGCUCCUCCAGGAUUAGGGAAUCUUGCGGAGGCCGCAGCUACCCCUGAGCGAUAACACCACCCGAUCGAAGCUCCGUUAGCAGCCAGCCAGCUCUGUUCUACCCCCUCCUGCUUCUGUUUCUCACAGUCCUUACGUUUUUGUCACUCUUCCUCGAUCCAGACAUCUGUCUUCGUUAUGUGCUGUCCAAGGUUGGCUCCUGAGUAGCUUGUAGGGGAAUGCCCCACCACGUCCUUGUGCAAUGCUUUGUCCCCCCUGCGCCCCGGGUGAGUGCACUAUAACCCAGCUGUGGGUAAGGACACGCCGAGUGUUUAAUGGGUCACGUAACUGGCAAGGAAGACAACGGUCAGUUUUUAAAGAACUGUUUUUAAAACCAGCAGGUAAAUAAAAACCUGCCUUGCUUUGACACUGUCA